AAUUUCAAGACAAUUCAAAGAGAGAAAAAGAACUCCAUAGAUUCCAUUCCCAUGUUUUUUUCUUAAGCUUUACUUAUUUAAUUAAUCCUGCUAUUCAGUCUUUAUAGUCCUCCAUUAAACCAACAAGACAAAAAUCAGACCCCCCCACACAUACCUCACUUGCACCAUCAUCUCAUCUCUUCUUCUUCUUCGAGAGAAAGAAAAACCCAUUCUUUGUCUCCUAAUUCCCUUUUUUUCUGGUUCAAUCAUGCCGUUGUCUGAUGCCGAUAACACCACAAAUUCAGACCAUAUCAGAUUCAGAAGACCCAGAAACCAAUCUUUCUCAGAAACAGAUCCAAACAACAUAACCCAAUCCGUUCGAUGUAAGCAAACCAUUUCAUCUCUCCUUCUCUCUUCUUCCCCACCCACUAUCAAUGACUGUACAAUACCCUCCUCAAUCACCAACUACCCAAAGAAGAAGAACUUCACCACCGCGUCCUGGAGGGGUCUUGGAUGCGCCGCAUCCUCUCAAGUGUCGGUUCCGGCGGUGAUUCGGACGUCGGCGGAUUGGGAGGCGAAGAAGGUGAAGAAGAAGAAGGUGAGGAAGAGAAGCAAUAAUAAUAGUAAUAAUAAUAGCUCACAUCAGCCGCCGGCGAGUAAUCCACCGUCGAUUGCUAUGGAUGAGCUUUGGUGUGGACCUGGAAUUGGGUUCAAUUCUGAUUCUGCUGCUUCUGUUGAUUGCUUUGUCUCUAGAAGGACAAUACCAGAGAGGCAUGCAUCUGUUUCUGUUUCUACAAUGAGAACAAUGAAUCUUGAGUCUAAUCGUGGUUUGGGAAUGAAUCAUCAUACAUUAAUGGAUACAUUUGGACCUAGGUAUCAUCGACAUGUUAGACAUCGAUCCACUCAAGGACUUGCUGAGAUGAUGAUGCUUCAAGGUAGACUUCUGAUGGGAGCUAGAGCUGGUGGGCUUGAUCAGUACAGAGACUGGAGACUCGAUGUAGACAGAAUGUCUUAUGAAGAAUUGCUUGAACUUGGGGACAGAAUUGGAUAUGUCAAUACUGGAUUGAAAGAGGAUGAUAUAGUUACUUGUCUUAGAAAAAUCAACAUCUCAGAAUUCGAAGACCUUUCAACUGAGUACUCCUCCACAGUGAUUGAUCACAAGUGUAGCAUUUGUCAGGAGGAAUUUGAAACAGAGGAUGAGAUGGGUGAGCUUGGGUGUGGACAUGGCUUUCAUUUUCAUUGCAUAGAGCAAUGGCUUGUUCGAAAAAACACAUGCCCGGUCUGCAAAACAGUAGCAAAUGGCUCGUUGAAUUGAUGGGUGGUUUGAUAAUAAUGGUGUUGUUUGUAAGAUGUGCUGCAUCUUGUACAGCUUUACUCAUCCUGAAAGGUUGCAGCUACCAUUUGCAUUUGCUUUGUAAUUAAUUUGAUUGAACAAGAUGAUUUGUUGAGAGUUCUGGGCAAUUUGGUUGAAGUUAUAUGGGGAAAUUUGGCCUUGUUGAUGCAUCUUCUUUGUAUAAAGAUCAUUUCAAAUAACCUGUUUAUUGGGUUUUUGGUUGUUGU